AAGGGCAAUAAGCACAUCCACUGCAUCUGCCGCUGAUGUGAUCCCAUCUGUGAUGGCCUUAAAACGGUUCCUGAGCAGAGAUUCCCCAUCAGAUCAUGGUGUGGGCACCACAAAAGCCGAACUGCUGAGAGCUGUAACCCGGAGAUUUGAUGGGAUUGAAAACGAGCCCCUCUACACUUUGGCUACUCUAUUAGACCCAAGGUACAAGGAUCGAUGCUUUUCUGCAGAGCUGAAGGCACACACACGGGGGCUGCUGUUAGAUCUGCUGGCUACACAGACGGGCCCUGAUGAAGGACAAGAACCUGGAGACAACAACAACACAGAUGAGCCAGCUGAGAAGAUGCCACGACCUGGUUCCUUGUCAUCGAUGUUGGGUGAGAUCAUGCAAGAAGAAAGGCCACAGCAGGCCACUGCAGCAAUGUCUCAGUUGAAUCUCUACCUGUCAGAGCCAGUCAUCUCUCGAGAUGCUGACCCACUGGCUUACUGGAGAGCCAAUCAGGAUCGCUUUUCUGCCCUCACCAUUGCUGCAAGAGCUUACCUGUCAGCACCCUGCACAAGUGUGGACAGUGAGCGCCUGUUCAGUGCUGCAUCCAACAUCCUGGAUGAUCGAAGAAGCAGGCUUUCAGCCAAGAAAGUUGAGAUGCUCCUCUUUGUUAGAAAGAAUCUGCCAUUGAUGCAUAAAUAGGCAUAGGCAUUUAUGUAGCCUAAGUAAUAUAGCAGCAAGUUUAAACCUCCUUUUCUGAAUUUAAAAUAAUGUUUGUUUUGCCUGGGAGGGGGAGCAUUGUUUACAUUUUAUUUAGUACAUAUACUUGGCUGCUACUUGUUUUAUUUAUUUUAUUUAAGUGCUC